GUGUAGUUUGAGAGCAGACCUUUCCAUGCUCUCCAUCUUGAUGUUUUUCGACUCGAAAGCUGGACGGUUUUCCCUAACGAAUGUCCAGACCUGUUUAUAUGAUCAUAGUGAAUAGUGAUUGAAUAGUAGUUUAAUAUUUCACGACGUUAGAUUCAUGAAGCCUUCAUAUGUUUACAAUAAACAGAAAAUUUAUAUAUGUAUUAUCGGAAGCAUAUUCAAGAUAUAUAAUAAUAUAUAACAUAACAAGUGUGUAUCCUGAAUAUAACUACAUAUAAUUUGUUGACAACAAAAGAAAGUUUUACAAGAUAAGUGAAAGUUGAUCAAAGUGAAUUCUUGGAUAUUAUGGCAGAUCUGACAUUUUAAAGGACGUUUGUUUUCUUGUUGUGAAUAUAAUUAUUAUUUCAUAAUAUUGUUGUGAAUAUAUUCAUUAAUAUUGUCACAAUGAAUCUUGGAGUUAAUUGGGAGGAAGAGCAUAGACGGACAUUAUUAGAAGGAAAUGCAAUACUGGAUCGCUCAUCACAAUCUAUUGCUAGAUCUCAAGCAGUUGCUGUUGAGAGUGAACAAAUAGGAACAGAAGUAAUUUCUGAACUGAAUGAACAAAGGGAACGAUUAUUGAGAGCAGAUAGAAGAUUAUCCCAAACAGAUGAAGAAUUAGAUAAGACAAGAAGGAUAUUAAAUGUUAUGCGAAGAAGAAUUUUAAUGAAUAAAUUUAUAUUAGUUUUAAUUAUAUUACUGGAAAUAGCUAUACUUGGUGCUAUUAUAUAUAAGAAAUUUAUAUAAGAAAUAUAGAUUGUAAAUAUUAUCAAUGUUGUAUAUAAACAUAUAUAUAUACAUAUAAUUAAUUUAUAUGUAUAUACGCACAAGCAUUCAGUGCAUUUUUAUUCAUGUCCUGUGUAAUAUAUAUUAUGCAAUAUAAUAUAUGUGCACAUUUUAUUUAAUGUUACAUUGUAAUUAAUACGUUCCAAUGAAUUAUAUGUAAAACAAUAAAUAUGUUACAAUUUGA